AUGAUCACCCGUCCCUCUUUCUGGGCCCGUGUUCUUUGGCUCCAUCUCAGCCGUUCAUUCAAUGAAACCCUCGACUGCCUCGUAUUCUUCCCGUGGGCCGACCGGUCGCAAGCGCGAUCGACACGGCGGAGACCCACACUCGAUCUCACAGGUACAUUGUCCAUCGCCUCAAGUCAACGAAUCUCACUGCAGAUGGGCUCACUGCCAACAACUUUCCAGGGGUCGCCGAUAGCGUUUGAGAACUAUACAGCUGGACCGCCGACCGAUGAGCCACUCUCGGGGAAAUGGAAUGGCCAUAGGGUGGAUGAUUUACCCCCCGAACUCCAGGCUCAGAUUGACCCAGCCGAUAUCAUCCCUAAUCGCAUGGGCGGUCGGUACGCACAGACGCCGUUCCACAGUAAUGGCCAACCUCAUGCUCCCGGUCUGAGGCCACAUCAUCCAUCGAGACCAGUACGCAUCGUGCGAAAGUCCCGAGCUGAGAAGGCCAAGGAGCAGGCCAAGGCUCGUCAUAAGGCUUCAGAGCGGGCGUUUCAAGCGCUGCUCGCUGCGUCGGGAAAUUCGACCUGUCCCCAAUGUAUCUACGAUCUGAGAAUCCAGAGCCGACAGCAAGUGGCUGCAAGCUUUCCAGCGUUGUAUGCCGACUUUGCCCACGGACUGAAGCCUCAAAUACGCACCAAGCUCCCCGCGUUGCCUGGUAUGGAGAUGAUAGACUUCAAUCCGAAGCCGAUGGAGGGCCAAACCACGGAUUCACACGGCGUGUCUCUGACGGAAAUCUUGGACUUUCGAGACGUCCUCGAAGGCGCUCGAGAUCCGAUUCUUCACGGAUCGGCGGACGUGAAGUUGAAAAUCCAGCAUCCUGGGUAUCCUAUUGUUGUCAAAGAGCUCGCCAGCAAUUGUGAGCACCGACCUGUGUCUCGGUUCAACCUAGCAUACAGUGUUGCUGAGGCCUACUCCUCCUUCUUUGAGCACAAUAAGUUCAGCCGCGCAGAUGCUGCUGCUUCCGGGGCCGAGGUCUCGAUCCAGUUCCUUCAUCAAAUGCGGCUUGUUAGCCUCUACACCACAGACCAUUCCAAUUAUAUUGCCCAUAUCGCACUUCCGGAGUGCUCUACCUUCCAAUCCGGCGUCCGGCAACGGGUCUGCCUCUCGGCGCGAUACGAACCAGUCCGUAUCAUCGUCUUCAAGUCGGACAGAGCGGGCAGGCUCCAGGAAUGGCGGCUCUUCUGUACGUCGCGCGAAGUGGUCCUCUUCAACAACCGAUUUAAUGUGAUUAUGAAGCCAGCCGUCGAAUCUGCCGUGACGCGUCUGCUUGUAUCAAUCAAGCAGCUACUCGAGUCGCUUACGCAAUGGAGUGUGCUGAAGAUCGACGAGAAUAGUGUGAGCGAUGUGUAUGUCAGGCUGGGGAACGACUUCAAUGCCGCGGUGGCCGCAUUUGCCGCCUACAAUAUUGAUAUGGCUGAGCUAAUGACUGUUCCGGAUGAUCUGCGCAAUGUCCUCGAGCAAUGCCUUGCCGAGGACGCGUCACAGGAUAAUCUGGAACUUUAUCUCCCGACUGUACGACAGAUAAUCACGAAUCUCCUACAAGGGCUGCGAGGGAAACAAUCCAUCUACCGACGCAUCAUGUCUGACCAUCGGCGUUCCGAGCAAUCCACGUCUGAGCGGACGGACAGUCGCUCUUCGAGGUCGAAGCGCGAAGGCUCUCACCGUUCGCAACUAUCACGCUCGGGACUCAGUGACGAGAAUCCCCCAACCCCAACGUCUGCGCGCGACAGCACUUCGUCACGAAGGAGUGCUGGACAUUCAUCGAGAAGAAGGGACCCUGGCUCACCUCUAGUUGGAAACACGAUGAACGGAGAAGCUUUCAUUGGAGGCUUUGCCCCAGCCUUAGUUGAGCCCACGCCGACAGAACCUACCCCGGAAAGGGAAGUUGCUGACUCGCCGGAGCCGCAAUCACGCCGAAACCGAAAUGUACCUCCGCCCAUCGACCCUCCGCCCGCCGAAAGCGUGGACCAGUAUCCGAGCAACUCUCCAAAUGACCCCACGCUUCCAAUGCCGUCGCCAGCACCCAACGUCCCCGCCAGUGUGAAGCGAUAUUCACUGGUCGACAAACCACUGGCUACUCCGCAGGUAGUCGUCGAGCCUUCAACUCCUGGUCCUGACAUGGAACGUCUGAAUGGAACUGUAUCCCCCCCUCCACCAGAUACUCCGCCCAUCGAUGCAUUACAGGCGCCCGCUGUUGCCAACUCUCUGGCUGCGUUGAAAAAGAGUGAUACACUCGAGCGCCGCGCCUCCAAGCGAUUCUCGACCUACAAUAUCUCCAAGAUGACUGGGGCGAUACCGACCCGAGAACGAUCCGUGCGUACAGGUUCAGGGGCAGCUAAUCGACGGUCUCUGGCAGCCGGGUCUGCGCUCACACCCGGGGACCUUGCCGUUCUCACUGAAGUAGACGACGAGGAACCUGCUGCACCCACUCUGGUCAGGAAAAGCAGCAAUUCAAGGUCGCGUGCGAGCCCGUCCGGUGCUGAUCGCAGCCAAGCAGGAACACCUCCGGUUCCGCCUCUUCCGUCGACUCCGUCGCGGACACCGGAGCCCGUUUUGGCUGUUUCAUCUGCUGCUGCGUCGGUGGAAUCUUUGGUCGCCCCAGCUCCACCGCCACCUGCAACCCAGUUGAUCGUUUUUCUUCAACUGGGACGCGAGGUCAAGAAGGUCACAAUCGACAGAGGCUUGUCUGUUGCUUCGCUUCGGAUGUUAUUUGUGGACAAGUUCUCGUAUAAUCCUGGCCUGGAAAAUUUUCCUGCGAUCUAUAUCAGGGAUCCUGCGAGCGGAGUGCAGUACGAGUUGGAGGAUAUGGACGAGGUCAAGGAGAAGUGUUUGCUUUCACUCAACAUUGAACCUCUCGAUCAGAUCAAGCAGCACAUCGAUGCUCAGAUCUCGACGUUGUCCCAAGAUAUCAAAGAGCUCAAGUCGGUUGUAAAUAACAACGGCAGCGGCAACAGUGGCAAUCGGCAAUCGAUACAUCUGCCGGCGAUUGUCGGCCAACCUCUGGCCGAAAGCACACCAGCCCCUAAUCGACCAACGGAUCGCCAAUUCCAGAACGUAGCGCGACGGCUAUCAAGAUUCGUCGGCGAUGCCUCGUCUGAGAUGCCGCCGUUCUCCACAUCGCCACCGCCGAUGCCAUCUGCACAGAGCACGCUGCAGCCACAGAUGACAGGAGGCUCGGUGCUCUCUGAUUAUUCGUCUCGUGUCGUGACGGAUCUCAAAACGCAAUUCGACGAAGUUCAGAAUCUGCGCCGAGACCUCGGGGUUCUGCGUCAGCUCUAUACCGAGUUCAUGAAGUCGACGAAAGAUUCGCUGGGGUCUCUUCGUGCGCAGACCAAGUCCGUAAAGCAGCUAGCAAACACCAACGUCGGCGGAGCACGUGGCUACAUCGACACGGGGAAGAAGAAACUGGACAACCGCAGUCAGAAUGUGCUCACGGAGAUCGAGAAGCUCCAAGACGCCGUCGAGAAUGUCAAAGACGACGUCGUCAAACGGCAUAUCACCCCGAAGAUGCAGUAUUUGAAGACCAUCAAGAACGACAUCGAGGCCCUUUCCGCAGAAAUGGCUAGUCUGAAGGAGCACAUUGACACGGUGAAACCGAUGUGGAAGAAGACUUGGGAAGAAGAGUUGCAGAACAUCGUUGACGAGCAGGGAUUCCUCAAUCACCAGGAGCAGUUCCUCGAGGAUCUGAUCGAAGACCAAAAGGCGCUUGUCGAGGUCUAUGGGCAUGUCGAAAAGAUCAUCAGCAUCCGAGGGCCUGGUUCAGUGGGCAGUCGGAACGGCAGGAAAGGGUUCCGCCCGCCACCCAUCGAUGAAGGGCAUAAUGGGCUCAGCACGGUCAUGCUCGAGAUCCGGGGCGCAGCCAUCGAUCCAGAGAAGCGGAUGAAGGCCAUCGAGGCCAGCCAGAAGAACAGGCAGAAGGAAUUGGCAAGCCGUUCGGACGAGAUGCAAGCUGAAUUGACCGACUUUGUGACGAACAAGAAGCUGAAAAUGACGGGUGGCGCAGAGGAAGCUGAACGUGUCAGGCAACGGCGCAACGAAAUGACGCUCAAGGCCAUGUUUAGCAGCGGUGGGGUCACUGAGAUGGGCAGCAUGUCUGGUGACUCUAGUAUGUGA